AUGGGGUGGCCAUCCUCACACGGAGACUUCCGUUCCCUUCGCCCACGCCCAGAUUCCCCUGAUCAGUACGGCAAACAACCAAGAGCGGCCACUUGGUCUCUAUCAAAAGCAACCGAGAACGUGAAGUUCAAGCCCAACAAGAAGGAAAACGAGGGCGCCCAACGACAGCUAAGCGUGAUCGAAUUUCGUGGCCAACAAAAGGCCGUCAAGUUUGUUGAGCAAACGAACGGUGAAGAUCGUGCAGUUCCAGUAUACCAAGCCCUCACUCAGUUCGACAGGACAUAUUCCGUCAAGAUGUGCUUGAGUGGCGUCUCUUUGCUUUUAUUCACUUUCCUACAUGGAGCUUCAAGUGCAGGUGAGCGACUUGCAACGAGCACUGUACGUUCUUUGGACAACAUGAGUAUUGAAGUGUCGCCUAGAUUUGGACUCCAGUGUUACUUUGACUCCAGCGAACGGUGUUGUAUAUAG